AUGGAGCCCGAACGGAUCUUUAUGCAAAAUGUUAUGCGUGUUUUACGGAAGAAUGCGCAAUAUGCGUGCCCCGAGCAGGAAAGAGCUCGGGCAAAAUGCCAAGGAGUCAGGAACGAUUGUUAUUAUCAGUGUGAUAAUGGAAGGAGAUCGUAUGUUCAAUUUGAUGAUUGGCGUAAUUUUAUGGUGUAUUGGAAAAGAGAUUUACAGUAUAAGGAAACAAUUAAAAAAAAUUUGUCAAACAGUCAGUGGAAGAAGUUGAGGGAUGGUAUUUUCGGCAACUUCUUCCGAUUACAAAGUGUGAAGUUCUGUGGUAAACUUAUUCACUGUAUAUUGCUUUCAGAAAUUGUGAAUAAUGACCCUGAUUCGAUGACAUUCAAGGUAUUUGACCGUGAAAUUAAGUUUACACGUGACGCAUUUCAUGUAAUUACUGGUUUGAAGUGUUAUUCCUCGCUGGACAUCAAAGGUUUACAUGAGAAAGAGAAUAGGCUUUCGAAAGUCUAUUUCACCGGAAAGGAUAGAAUUGAGUUGGGUGAUUUGUUUAGUUUUAUUUCUAGUCACCCACAUGGUACAUCUUCGUCAUUUGUAGGCAGCAAUGAUGAUGCUGUGAAGUUGGCAACAGUUUAUUUUGUUGAAUCAGUUUUGAUGGGCAAGCGGAAGAAUAGGAAUGUGUCCGAGCAGAUAAUGAAAAUUAUCGACGAUGAUGUACUCUGCUCUUCUUUCAACUGGGGCUCUCUUUCUAAUGACACGCUAUUAAAAUCAUUGAAGAGUUGUUUGAAGCCGAAUGAGAAUGAGAUUGAGAAAGAGAAAGACAAAGAUAAAGACAAGGAUAGCUACACUAGACUUGGCUUUCCUUUUGCCUUUUGUGUUUGGAUUAUGGAAUUGUAUAAGUUGAUCGAGGUGUCACCAUUUAUUCCUGUUGAAGAAGAAGAUACAGAGCCUCUUAGUGUGGAGGAGCCAAUUUCACAAUAUCAAAGCUCAAGGCCUUCUUCCACACAAUUUGAUGAACCCAUACUUAAGGAAUUUGUUAGAAGAUUAUCAGAGAGUUUUAAGAAGGAUCUGCAAGCUGAAGUUACCAGAAUAAAUCAGAAAAUAGAUGUAGCAGAAAAAAAGAUUGAGAAUGAAAUCAUGAAAAAGAUUGAUGUAUACGAUUCCAUAUACAGUGAGCCAUAUGAGGCAGGAAUGAAUCACAUGGAAAUGACUGAUUGUGGUGCAUUCCUGAUCAAAUAUGUUGAGUUGCUGAUGAUUGGAAAGGAUGUGGAGAAAUUCAAACCCGAAGACAUAAAAGACUUUAGAAAAGAACUUGCUGCAAAUCUUUGGGCACAUGGUGAAUGA